AUGGCCAAGGUUACAUACCUUCGUGCAGCUGUUUCGGGAUUUUAUCUCUGGGAAGCUGCAGUUCUGCUCAGUUUGGUAGUCACAAAGGAAACAGACAGUGCAAGAUCUCGUAGCAUGCCAAUGUCGCCAUCUGAUUUCCUGGAUAAAUUAAUGGGUAGGAUGUCAGGCUAUGAUGCAAGAAUCAGACCAAAUUUCAAAGGCCCUCCAGUUAAUGUCACAUGUAACAUAUUUAUAAACAGCUUUGGAUCCAUUGCAGAGACAACCAUGGAUUACCGAGUGAAUAUCUUUCUCCGUCAGAAUUGGAAUGAUCCACGCCUUGCAUAUAGCGAAUAUCCAGAUGACUCUUUGGAUUUAGAUCCAUCCAUGUUAGAUUCUAUUUGGAAACCUGAUUUGUUUUUUGCUAAUGAAAAAGGUGCCAACUUUCAUGAAGUUACGACAGACAACAAGUUGUUACGAAUUUUCAAAAAUGGAAAUGUUCUUUAUUCUAUCAGAUUGACUUUAAUACUGUCCUGUCCAAUGGAUCUCAAAAACUUCCCAAUGGAUGUGCAAACAUGUAUAAUGCAGCUGGAAAGUUUUGGAUAUACAAUGAACGAUCUCAUUUUUGAAUGGCAAGAAAAGGGAGCUGUACAGGUAGCAGAAGGGCUCACUCUGCCACAGUUUCUGUUGAAAGAAGAGAAAGAUUUAUGUUAUUGCACCAAACAUUACAAUACAGGAAAGUUUACAUGCAUUGAAGUCCGAUUCCACCUUGAAAGGCAAAUGGGUUAUUAUCUCAUUCAAAUGUACAUACCGAGUCUCCUGAUUGUCAUUCUCUCCUGGGUGUCGUUUUGGAUCAAUAUGGAUGCAGCACCAGCCAGAGUGGCUUUAGGUAUAACAACUGUACUGACCAUGACAACACAAAGUUCAGGUUCACGAGCAUCACUUCCAAAGGUUUCAUAUGUGAAAGCUAUCGACAUUUGGAUGGCAGUAUGCCUGCUCUUUGUAUUUUCUGCACUUCUGGAGUAUGCAGCUGUAAAUUUUGUGUCAAGGCAGCAUAAAGAGCUUCUGAGAUUCCGCCGGAAGAGGAAGAAGAACAAGGACGAUGAGGUAAGGGAGAGUCGAUUCAGUUUUACAGCCUAUGGAAUGGGACCAUGUCUACAAGCAAAAGACGGAGUGACUCCAAAGGGGCCAAAUAAUCCCAUCCAAGCUGCACCAAAAAGCCUCGAUGAAAUGAGGAAGGUAUUCAUUGACCGAGCCAAGAAAAUUGAUACCAUUUCCAGAGCUUGCUUCCCAUUAGCCUUUCUGAUUUUCAACAUUUUUUAUUGGGUUAUCUAUAAAAUCAUUAGGCAUGAGGACAUUCACCAAUAACAAGAUUAAGGCUUGUAGUACAAACUGUUGGGGCUGGCAUGUUCAGCAAGAGGUUUUCCAUUACAAAUGAGCAUACAGAUGCUUACUGGGAUAGUUAAAAGGCACAAAGAAAAAGAUCCCAUUUGACUUGCUAUGCAGAGUCACUAUUGGACAGAUGAAGAAUGACACCCUGUGAAGGUAUAUCUGCUAUUACUAAGUUUCUACUUCAUACUAACUAAACAAUCAACUUUUUCAUAGUAAAAAUCACAACACUAUACUACAGCUUUACUGCCAACGUGUUUAUACAUACUUUUACAUUGUGGUACAAUUGUACAGUAUUCUUUAAAGUUCCUUACAAUUUUUUAAUUCAACUGUAUUUUUAAAAAAAAAAUUACAAAAUGGGUCUAAUGUAUUAGAUGACUCCCAGAGUAACAGAUUAAAGGAGGGUCAGAAAUUUGAAUAUAAAGUUUACAAAAUGAGUAAUGAAUUACUGAUUUGAGUUUUAGAGCUCAAGCACAUUGGGUUUUAUCAUGAGCACAGGACACAUUACGUUCUUUUAAAAAAAAAAAAGAAAAAAACAAAUUUACUCAUACAAAGCACUUCAUAAAUUGAUUAUGGUUCCCCUGGAGCUUAAAAAACAUGGCAAUGUAAUGCGCAAAGUAGCACCAAAUAUCUAUUGCCCAGUCUGAAGCGACCCACUAGUCAAACUUUCUGGUACUGUGCAUAUCACAAUGGGAACAAGGUACUGUUUUUAAAGGAUUGUUGCCCUUAAGUACUUUUAAUUACUCACAAUCACCCUUGGGUAAAUUGAAAGAGAAAAUAAAAAAAAAAUCAAAACAAUAAAAAGAUGUUUCUCUCAUCAGGUAAAUGUUCAGAAACCACAGUAUUUGUGGAGACAAGCCAGACAAUUAAAAAUGACAUCAAAAUAAGUUUGUGAAAAGUGACAUUAAAAACAAAACAAAAGGGAUAAGUCACUUAGCCUAUACCUAUGAUAAAAGUAACUUAUGAACUUUUUUGAAGCUGACUAUGGCAACAUUUCUGCACAGAUACUUCCAUUAUCAUCAGUGAAAGUUUGAUAUACAAGUACCUAAAGAUAACCAGGUCAGUCUUUUCUUAAUUUGAAUGAUUUGUUCAAUGAGAAGAUUCUGACAUGACUUCUUAGACACUGGCAGAAAAUAGUCUGUAUCUUAGAAAACACUAAACAGUUCUUCUAAAAAUAUAUCAGGACAAUCUUAUUUUUACUGCACUUCAUGGUAAAAGAUAGGAGAAGAAAUUGAAACUGUUGGAGCAAAUUUUCCCUACUUAGAAUUAGAUAGAUUACAUUAAUUGCUUCUUUCAAAUUAUUACAUAAUAGAUCUUAUAUCGUUUAAAAAAUAAUAAACUUCCAGUAAAUAAUGUUGCCACUUCUCUAAUGAAAAGCAAAAAAAAAAAAAAGUUCUAAAAUGUGGAAACUGAUAGACAGCCACAGGCAAGAGCAUACCUGAUGCUUUGAACUUGUAAUGGAAUCCAAUAGCUAAGACAAAUUAUUGAAAAGUUUCUUUGUUUUGAGCACAUUUAAA